CAGCGAAUGUCUCUUUGCCUGUUCGCUCCGUUCGUCCCGUCGCGUGGCAUCUGUUCUCCGCUUCAUAUCGACGGUGAAUAGUUCUCCGCUUCGUUCGACCCAGCUGCAUGCAUUGCAACCUAAGUACACAUUUUCAAUUUCUCAGGGAUUUACCAAACCUCGUGCUCUAUCUCAAUCGACGAAUAUCUGAGUGGGUUGACACUCAAAUUCCAUCCUUCAUGGCUUCAUUCCUCUCAAACUAGCUUAAUUUCUGUAUCAUUUUACUGGCAUCUAGGAACAUUGAGGCACCUAAGGAGCUCAUCCUGACCAAGCACAAAGUGUCAAAGGCAUCACUGGCUUGAGCUAGGGCAUCUCAUGGUGUGAGGGGCACUGGACUUCUUUAGAAGGCACUUGGUUGCGUCUUCAACUGCAUUGCUGGGGCAUGUCUAGCACUUGAAUGUCUAAAUUGUCUAUGUCUUCAAGCUUUAUAGUACCGGCUGUGCUAUUGGUGGUAGAUUUCCUGUUUAACAUCAAGGCUCAAGCUAUGCCUGAAGUUAUCUGGCCAUGCAUUAAAAGGAUUUGUUAUUUGUGGUAGCUCCUUUUUGCGGUGUUCUUGGUUCAUCAUUCCACUCAAUUGUAUAUGAUUGACUUGGGUGACAGGGAUAAUGAAGGGGCCUUCAGAAAUUAUUGAUUUAUCUAGUGACGAUGAAUGUGAUGUUGGUUUAAAAGCUGUUAAGCUGGAGUCAGAUUUUGCAGAGCAUGCAGAACAACAAGCUGAGUCCGACAAAGUCCAACAAGCCACUCAUACCUGUUCUGCUAAACAUGACUCUGAAGAGAAUAGGAACUCUAGUGGCCCAACGCAAAGUACUGGUCACAGUAGCUCUAGUGUGUUGGAGCAGGGGCUGUCACCAGUUGAUAACUCAGGCCUAUCUUAUACAUCACCAAUUGCUGCUGCACCCGUUUGUAGGCAGUUUUGGAAAGCCGGGAAUUAUGAUGAUGGGCUUGGUCCUAAAAUCCCAGUUCAAAAUUGCAGAUGCAAACCACUAUCUACAUGUUCACCCCGAGUUCCUUCAUUCAAAUGCAACUUCACAUAAAUGGGCAUUUGGGGCCAUAGCUGAGCUUCUUGAUAAUGCAUUCGAUGAGAUCCAAAAUGGGGCUACUUUUGUCAUUGUAGAUAAAACAUCAAACCCAAAGGAUGGAAGUCCUGCUUUGUUAAUUCAAGAUGAUGGUGGUGGGAUGGAUCCAGAAGCUAUGCGUUGUUGUAUGAGCUUUGGCUUUUCAGAUAAGAAGUCAAAAUUUGCAAUUGGAAAGUAUGGAAAUGGCUUCAAAACCAGCACCAUGAGACUCGGUGCUGAUGUCAUUGUCUUCAGCCGUCACCUGAAUAAGGGGGUUAUGACUCAGAGCAUUGGACUUCUGUCUUUUACAUUUUUGAUGCAAACAGGGCUUGACAGAAUAGUAGUACCUAUGGUUAGUUAUGAGUUUAAUACGUCAACCAAUAUGCUCGAAAUGUUAAAUGGUAGAGAACAUUUUAUGUCCAAUUUAUCCAUGCUGUUAAGGUGGUCUCCGUAUUCAUCAGAAGCAGAACUUCUGAAUCAACUUGACGAUAUUGGACCUCAUGGUACUAAAGUCAUAAUCUACAAUUUAUGGUUCAAUGACGAUGGCAAUCUGGAGCUAGAUUUUGAUAAGGACCCUGAGGACAUUUGUAUUGCCGGGGAUAUUAAAAAAGUUGACACUAUUCCUGCCUGGAAGACAGUUAAUGAGCAACACAUUGCUAAUCGGUUUAAGUAUUCUUUAAGGGUUUAUUUGUCUAUAUUGUACCUGCGGGUGCCAGAAAGUUUUAGAAUUAUACUGCGAGGGCAAGGUGUGGAGCCCCAUAACAUUGCUGAUGAUCUUAAAUUUCCUGAAUAUAUCUUGUAUCGACCAAGUAGUGGUGGAUGUAAAGAGGGAACGGUUGUGACUACAAUAGGAUUUCUUAAAGAGGCUCCACAUGUUAAUAUCCAUGGCUUCAAUGUAUAUCACAAAAAUCGGCUGAUACUGCCAUUUUGGCAGGUUGUGAGCUAUUCUGAUAGCAGGGGUAGAGGAGUGGUUGGUGUCCUACAAGCAGAUUUUAUCGAGCCUAUUCAUAAUAAACAGGAUUUUGAGAGAACUUCCUUGUUUCAGAAGCUUGAAAUUCGCUUGAAGGAAAUGACAUGGGAAUACUGGGAUUAUCAUUGUGGACUUAUUGGAUAUCAAGUAAAAAGGAAGUCUCCAUUACUGCAACUGGAAUAUCUUAGCCACCCACCUGGUAUAGAAAAACCGCUCACAGUGGACAGAAAAAUUUCACCUGUUCUUAGUAAAAAGGCAGCAUUGCAAAGCGGAUCUCAGCAAGGAUCUCGUACCAAGAGAAAGACACAUGAAUUGAUAGACGUUCCGGAUAUAAAAAAGCAUGCAAGGAGAGAAAAUGAAAUAACUGGUGUAGCGUGCAGUCAUGAUAACAUACAGACCAUGUCAGCACCUGCAAGAUUAGUGGGGGACCAAGAUACUAUAUAUUUGAUGGAAGAGAACAAGAAACUCCGUGCAAAAUGUUUGCAAUUUGAAAAGGAGGAGCAAGAACUUAAUCUAAAGGUGACAGAACUUAAAAGUAAAAUACUAGGAACAAAACGUGAGUAUGAACGACUUUUGGCAGAACUACAGUCUCUAGGCAUGAAGGAGGAGUAGUAUUAGCUGUGCAUACUGAUGUUUCAAUUCUUUUGUUUGUGAAAGUGGUGUAUGUAUAGCAAAAUGUAGUUUAUGAUAUGACACAGUCACUGGGGCUGAGGGUUAUUAGAUCGAACCAAAUUGCCAUCCAAUGUCCCACUCCGGAUCUCUCUCUGGUUGAGUUGCCCUCAGAAGAUUUUCUGGCCUCCCUCAAUGUAAAUAGAUGAAAGCAAGCAACAGCUUUAUGCUUGAACGUUUGUUUUUCCUCUUCAGAUAUCACUCACGGACACCACUUCAAUACCAUUAUGAGCCACAAAAAUGACGGUCAUCUUCCACCUUGACUAUGCAUCACUCCAUCCUUCCUUCUUCCAUUCUCCUUUCCAAUUUCUUGCAGUGCCCACCUAACCUCUCCAUUCUCCCAUUCCAAAGUAAUUUCCCCCCAAUCUCACAUUCAACCACGUUCCAUCUCCUCCCAUUAAUCAUUCAAUAAUCCUUCAUCAAAUUUCGCAUAGUAGUGACUCAUAGUAAGCUUGGGGGAAGAAGGAAAAAUCACGUGUGCAAUAGCUAGCUUGAAAGACAACAUUGGAUGAGCAUGGAGGACUGGGAUUUGCACUUGAAGAUCGCAUGGGAGUGAUUGUCCAUUUAUUUUUUUAUUUCACAUGUUUAACAUUAUUUAGUCUUAAAUGAUUUUAAGUUGUAUUGAUUGAGGACAAAAAAUUAGUUCUAAAUUGUAAAUACAUUAAAUCUUGUAUUUGAUUGAUAUUUGGAUUGAAUGUGUUAAAUGACUUGCUGGAAUUUAUAUUUAUAAGACUUUUGCUUUGCCAAUUA